AUGCUAUCAUCUUUUGCUUAUGUCGGUACAAUGAUUCUUCUAUCAUCAAUCUUCAUUUCAACUGCACUUGAUGUUAAACAAAGACCAUCAGUUGGAGUUAUUCGUUGGGAUGCUUGGAAUCAAGUCCAUGGUCAAUAUGAUGAAAUUUCAUAUUACGUACAUCGAGAGUUAAGUCCAGCAGAGUUUCAUUAUCGUAUUCCAUUUUAUGUAUCUGUUAUUUCACCAAACAAUAUUUCAUUUAAUGCAGAUCAACAAAGUAUAAUGGAUCAAGAAAUUCUUUAUGCAAAACAUGCAGGUAUUGAUUAUUGGGCAUUUGAUACAUACUGUACAUUUGGACCUACUUGUGCCACAAAUAAUUCAUAUUGCCAACAAUAUUAUAUACAAACAUCCCAUCUCUAUUGUCCAGAAAAUCCAGCUUAUGGAUUAAAUUUAUUUCUUUCCAGUUCAUACAAAUCUUUGUUGAACUUUACUUUAGUUCUACUUGGUUCAUCUCCUUGUGAUGUUAUUUUUCAACAACAAUACAUUAAUCUCAUGAAACAUCCACAAUUUCAAACUGUUAAAGGAGGUCGACCACUUCUUUAUUUAUUCCAAUUUGAUGAUGCAGAAGCAGAGAAGUGUGCUGGAGGAUGGACAGAAAGUGGACAAGUUUUUCAACAGUUUAGACAAUUGGUUAUCAGUCAAGGACUUCAAACUCCCUAUCUCGUUUUGAUGGAUUUCAAUGUUCAAAGAGUACAAUCACAUGCUUUAUCACUUGGAUUUGAUGCUAUUUCAACAUAUGCACUACCUGGUGGAAUCAAAGAAGGAACUCCAUUUGUCGAAUUACUUCAUUCAGCUCAACGAUGGUGGCAAUCUGCACAUCAGAUCGGAGCAAAGAUGGUUCCAAUAACUCCCACUGGUUGGGAUCCUCGACCACGUGCUGCACAACCUGAUCCAUGGGUCGAUGAAGGUCCGGAACAUUAUCUUCAACCAACUGUCGAAGAAUUGCAACAACUGAUUCAAAGUGCAAUUAAUUUCACAUGUCAAUACAAUGAAACAGUUGAUGCACAAACAAUCAUCAUCUAUGCAUGGAAUGAAUGUACUGAAACAGCUGCAUCACUUGUGCCAACGCUUGGAAAUGGCACAUUGUAUGUCGACACAAUGUCCAAGAUUCUUCCAAUGUAUUGUUGAACUAUUCUUUUAUUGAUAUAUGUCAGAGAAUCAAACACUUUUUUUAGAUUUAAUCAAUUAAAUAAUAGCUGUUCAAUGAUAUAGAUUCUGUAUUGAAUAAAUUCUAAUCACAAAUAAAUGUCUGAAAACGUGAUUCAUGAUUUCAUAUCUGACAGAAUGAGCCUAUAUUUUAUUUUUAUUACUGUAAAACAAAAAGAAAAGAUAGAAUAAUAAG